UUUCUUAUUUCUUCUUGUGCCGCCAUUAAUGGAGGAGCUCCACGAAGCAGCUAUAGCGUACUACAACAAUGGCACGGACGAGCAACGAGCCCUAGCGUGGCAAUUCUUCCAAGCGAUGGACACCGACCACGACGGCCGAGUCAGCUUCCACGAGUACUCCGAUUUCCUCCGCCGCACCGGCGGCUUCCCCCCUCACCUCCCCCGAAGCUUCCAAGAUCUCGACCGCGACCGUAACGGCUCCCUCGACUUCUGGGAGGUCCUCACGCUCUACUACAUCGCUCGGACACGGACCCUCACGUGCCGCACGUGCCAUCGGAGCCUCGAGGGCCUCCACUUCACGUGUCUCGCGUGCUUCGACUCGCCGAGUCACGAGUCGGCGACGUUUGAUCUGUGUGUUUCGUGUUAUAGGGCUCGGACUUACGACCAUCACCACCGGCUGUUCUUGGACAGUUAUGUCUUGCUCCGUUCACGGCGUAGAAAUCAUCCUCAGUUGCCGGAUCCACCCGUGGCACCCCCUCCAAAUCAUAACCCACCUCAAGACAUUGCAGCUCUACAAAACCCUGCAAGGAUGAGAUGGUGGCAUGCAUUGAAAGCAAUGGAAAUAGCUCUUGCUGUCGGAAACCUAGCCACGUUUUGCACCAUUAUGUGA